CGGCACAUUUUUGAUAUUACCACUUUUGCUUAAAUUUUACCAAAUUUUCCAUAAGAAUAACGAAAGAUUAAAAGCAUUUGCGCCAUUCUGUGGGCGCUUUAAUUACAGUAUUCCAAUCAGGAUUUCAUCUGUUGUUCAGUUCUUGUUAUUUAUUUUUCGAUUCUUCAAAUGAGUUGUUCAAAAUCUGGAACUUGAUUCUCUACGACUCGAAAAUGGUGAAGCAAUUGUGAUUUGCUGGCUCCUCUCGAAUUUCGAUCGUGCCUUUUUCGCACUUGAUGUUAUCCAGUUAGCGCUCCGACUGUACUUCAGUUAGUUUUGGGAACACCAGUACCAUCCAUAAUGGGAUCUGCCGAAGAUCCAGACAGGUUUAAAAACUUAUACGGACAAGCGCAAAAUUGGACUCUGGCCAACGAUACGAGUUUGUUUCAGUGCCUCGAAGAUUUCUCACGGCGCAUUGUCGCGCGCACGGAAUCGACCGAGCAGCGGUUGCGCGAUGCCGUUCAAGAAUGCCAGACAAGCCGUGUCCGACUGCAGACGUGCCUGAAUGCCUUCAACAUGCUUUCCAACACGCAGUUCAUGGAGAGCCGAGUUCGCGACGAGGAAAACCAGCCUGUUAAAAAGCCGGAGGAGAAAUCGGUGGCGGAUACCGCGAAAGAACAAGAAACACCCGAAAACAGGCGACUGACCGAGCUGCGGGAAGCCGUCUCGUUAACCAAAAAUGUGCUCAAUUCAUACUUCGAUUCCGUUGAGGUGAAUAUUGACGACAGCGACGAAGAAGAGACAUCCACCAGCAAGCGAAGCUUUCGCGAACCCAAAGAUCCAUAUUUACGCCGAGCGUUGCCUUAUUUAAUUGGUUCUGCGGAGUUCAAUCGCGAUCGCUACAUCGGCUUGAAAUUGCAAGUGGAAGAGCAGGAAAUUGUGCCGGACGAGGAUAUCGUCUUGACGGCCAAGCUGGACGAUGUUUUGGUGCCUGCGCAGAGUGUGAUAGAUGCGGAGCGUGCUGCUUCGCGGAGUUUUAACAAUUCCGGUCGUGAUACACCGCAGUCCAGUGAAGAUGUUAGAAAUGCGGAUUAUGUGCCCACCAAGCUUCCUACCAUUCCCCGGAGAGACACCACGCUGGUCAGCAGUAGUGAAUCGGAAAAUGAGGAUGAUAUUUUUGCUGCCCGUCCGAUUGGACCAGCGAAGACCUCGCCGGCACGACCAGGUCCGCCAUCCCGUCCACCGGAAAACGAUACGCCUUCAUUUACACCUCGCUCGUCUUCCCAGAGCAGCAUUCACAGUGUUGCGCCUUCUAAACCGGUUACCUCGCUGUUUGACGCCGAAGACGAAGAUGAUUUAUUCUCCGUUCCUAAUCCGUCUGUGAAGUCAAGAGGAGAGAAAUCCUCCGACAUUCCAACACCAAAACCAACAGCUGCAGCCAGGCCUCCCAAAUCAGCGACCUUAUUUGAGGAUGACCGCACUGAAGAAAAUGAUAGCGUUUUCGCCACUCCGAAACCAUCGGAAACGGCAAAUCCAUUUUUGUCAGAAUUAUCAAAAAAGAUCGGUAUUCCCGCUCCUGUUCAAGGUGGAAAGCCUCUAGCUUCGAAAAUUGUGGAACCAGCGGAAUCUGAACCUUUGCCUCCAACUGUGGUACCGACACGUACCGUUAAGCCGACCAAAAAGCCGUCACUGUUUGAUGACGACGAUGGCGACGAUGAUUUGUUCGCUAUUGCUCCUAAGCCUACUAAUCGCACCGUUCAAAAACCUAUAGCAGAGGAAAAAGAAAUAGUGGCUAGCAAGCCGAACCUGCCUGCUGUUGUGCCGGAAAGUGCGCUUGAAACUGCCAAGAAAAGCGUUUCUACCAAAAAAGGGAAGCCUUCGAUUUUCGAUGACGAGGAGGAAGAUGAUGAUUUGGGAGUUUUUACUCCGGCUAAGAAGAAUACGGAAAAGCAGAAAUUAGAAGAGAAGUCAUCAGCCAGAACCGCCAAAGAUGCACAAAAAGUUCAAGGAGUUUUUGAAAGCUCCGAGGAUGACGACUUAUUCGCCACUAAUAAAAAAUGGAAACUACCCGGUUUGGAUAAUGGCCCUCUAACCCCAUCCUCAAAAGAAGAGCCAGUACUGCCCGCACCGCCAUCAAAGACUCCCGCACCCGCAACACAACCUCCGCCAGUGAAACCUAGCGCGAUCAAAGGCUCUAAUAUUUUUGACGAAGAUAGCGAGAGCGAGGAUUUGUUUGCCGUUGCCGCGAAAUCCAAGCCGAUUGUUCAAACACCGCCGUCAGAGAAGAAAGUGGAAAGUGUUGUUGAACAGCCAUCGAAAGAACUUCAGCCUAUGCCGGAACCAGCAGAGAAAAUAACCAGUCCUCGCCGGAAAGGUGUGGAAAAAUGGCAACUGCCCGGUCUUGGUCUUCCGACUGAAUCCAAACCGAAGCAAGAAGACAUCAAACCUGUGGAUUACCUUGCCGAUCCCCGAAAAUUUGCCAGCUCUGAUGAUCAGUUUAUUGAUAUUCCUGCUACGAAAACGCAUAGUGUUAUUUCUGAGACUGCAGAACCUGUUGGAAGCGACAGUGGAACAGUAAUAAACAAUCCCCUUGAUAAACAAUCAGCUGCGGACGGAGCGAGCGCCACAAAGACGUUAGAAGAGAUUAAAGCAAAGCCUUCCGGGUUGAAAUCAAAGUCCCUGUUUGACGAAGGAGAGGAAGAAGACGAUCUUUUUGCCAAGAAGGUCGAAGCUCCACCUAAGAAAGCUGAUACAAGUGUGAAGAAAUGGAAGCUGCCGGAUCUUGCUCCUCAGAAUGUGGAAUCGAGUCCGGUGGUUGCUCCCGCAGAGCCAGUGGAUACGGAACAUAUGACGCCUAGGACUGCCGCUUCUCCCAGAGGAUUCGAACGUCAGCUCGGAAAUCAACAGAACACCGACGAUGCUGUUGUCACACCAGCGGUUAUCGAGAAGGUAGACAAUUUGAAUAAAUUAAAAUCUACAUCCAGGUCUUUGGAUGCCGAUAUCGAUGACACCGAUUUUGUCGAGCCAAAACUGGAGCCGGCGCCGAAAACCGCACCAGCCAAAUUGUACCAGCCCAUGAAAUGGAAAUUGCCGGGAUUGACUAGUAGUCCAGUGUUGCCUUCCGUUGAAGAAACGAAUGAUAUGCCUUCGGAUACGGCUUCCGUCACCGAGAUCGUUCAGUCGCCGCCAGCUACCCCGAAACCAGUGCCUCGUCGGCGUGGUAUCAAAACGUCGGGAGAAGCCGGUCAAGAUGAGGAGAAACAUCGCUCUGCAACACCGCCUGGUGUGGCCGAUAAUGCUGUGAAGGUGAAAACGGAAGAGCACAACGUUAGCGAUCGAAAGGAAGGAACUACUAUCCCAAUGAUACCUGAGAUGACGAUUGAUACGAUGGCUGAAGUAAAGUCUAGUGAACCACCGAAGCCACCAGUGGCUGCUAGACGGAGUGCAAAAACCGCUUCGCCGCCAACUACGGUUAUUAGCGAAAGAGGCGAGGAACGUAAAGUGAACGAGGAAGGAAGAACUACGGACAAACCAGUGGAGUCUUCAGCCAAGGCUGUAGAGCAUCCUUUACCGGUAGACGUAAAGACCGAAAUGAAAUUACCAGAGCUGGACGAAAUUCUUCCACCUUUGCCUAAGCUUCCUAGCCUUAUUAAAGCGGAGCUACCUGUAUUACCAAAAGAGUCUGAUAUCGACCCGCUGCAGUCGGUGGCAGCACCCGUACAGGAGCCUGCUAUCCAGAAACCAUCGCCACCGAAAUCUUCACCGGCUGUAUUAAGUUUUGCAAUGCCGGAAAGAGAUUCCCAGUUGUUCGCCACUCCCGAACCACCCCCGCUGUCAACCUCAUCCUCUUUCAGCGGCUCUCUGACUUCCUUGAAAGAACGCGGUGGAUCGCUGUUUUUGGAUGAAGAUUCGGAGGAGGAUUUGUUUGGCAAGUCGAAUCCAGUCAAACAAAUGCCGGUAGCCAAGGUAUCCAGCGCUAAAAGUGAAAAAACCGGCGUUUCUGUCAAUCUUCUGAAUCCCCUUGGGAGCGGGGAAGGAGAUGUGUCAUCCGUGCCCAGGCCUGCUAAAAAGACCGUGUUCGAUAAAGAAACGAAAAAGAAACCGGCGUUAUUUGACAGCGAUGAGGAGGAUUUGUUCGAGUCAACUGCUAGUGCGGCUAAAGCGGUGCAGCAGACCUUAGCCAGCCAGACGGCAGGUGUCGGCAUGGGUAACAAAGGAGACGUGAAAAAGAGCACAAAGCCAUCACUGUUUGAUGACGAUGAUGAUGAUUUGUUCAAGAACUGAAUGCAGACUUUAACUUAAAGGCUAGGAAGGAAGGCACGUGUACGGUGAUAUCUUGGGAGGUGUUCUGUGAUUUUAGUUGUCCAUUGUUUUCAUGCCGAUGGUCGAUAUUGUGAGCCACCCGAUAAUUCCCAGAUUUUUUUAAAGUGAUUUUUCAUGGAAAUUCCGUAUGGGUAAAACUUACACCAUUAUUAACAUGAUAAUUUAUUUUUGAUUUGUUAUCAGUGUUGUUUUCACUGUAAGUGACUGAUUCAAUCCAUGUAUUGUGGCAUAACUCCAUAAAUUUGACACCGAUCA